CCCGCGUUUACAAUGUUUUAAUGUUCCUCUCUCUAUUCCGAAGCCCCCCUUUGUCCUGCUUUUUAAUGUCUCUCCUUACCGCGAUCCUGCUGCUUCAAGUGCUGCGGCUGCUAUUGCUGCUGCAUGACGCACGCACGAUGAGGUUGUACAGCUUCACUUUCAAAUGGCCCCAGUCUCCCCAUCCGGUGUUCCUGUAUUGCUACCCAGCACCCGACACAGCGUUCCUGACGUCGUGUGUCCAACACUGACAGCUUGGCCGAGAACCGUUAGCCGCUGUUCGUCGUCAUGGUGGAUUGACUUGAUCAUGAAAUGUGAGUUCCUAACUGAGUGCCUACCUCUUGAUGAGAGCUGGCCGGGCGGGUGAUUGCAGGGCUCCAGAUCGGUC